GGGCAGAUCGGCGCUUGAAGAAAAAGAACACCCCCUCCAUCUACUCUUCAUCGUUGCUUUGAAAACACGCAAUGUCGACUCUUGCAGAACUUCCUUUGGAUGUCCAGUUUGCCCCCAUCAGGGAGGCCGAUGUCUCGCGCGAGAUGACCACUCGCUACAUGCAAGACAUGUUGGACUAUGCCGAUGUUGAUGUCGUCAUUGUCGGUGCUGGACCCGCGGGUCUCAGUGCUGCCUACGAGUUCACCAAGCACCCCGAGAUCAAGGUUGCUCUUAUUGAGGCUUCCGUCGCUCCUGGUGGUGGUGCCUGGGUUGGUGGACAGCUUUUCACCCCUAUGGUUGUCCGCAAGCCCGCCCACCUGGUCCUCGAUGAGUUGAACGUCCACUACGAUGAGAAGGAAAACUACGUUGUCUUGAAGCACGCUGGUCUCUUCACUUCGACCAUCUUGUCCAAGGUCAUUGCCAGCAACAAUGUGAAAUUGUUCAAUGCCACGUCCGUUGAGGACUUGAUCAUCCGCAACGACACCGUUGCUGGCGUCGUGACAAAUUGGGCUUUGGUCACCAAGGCCCACGGUACCCAAUCUUGCAUGGACCCCCAGGUCAUGGAAUCCAAGAUUGUCAUCUCGUCUUGCGGCCACGACGGUCCUUUCGGUGCUACUGGUGUCCGGCGAUUGGAGGAGCUUGGUAUGAUUUCCAAGCUUCCCGGUAUGCGUGCCUUGGAUAUGAACGCCGCGGAAGAUGCCGUUGUUGCCAAGACGCAGGAGAUUGUCCCUGGUAUGAUUGUUACUGGUAUGGAGGUUGCCGAAGCGUGUGGUACUGCUCGUAUGGGACCUACCUUUGGUGCUAUGCUUCUCUCUGGUCGUAAGGCCGCUCUGUUGGCCCUUCAGAAGCUUCAGAAGGCCAAGGCUGUUGGUAAAUAGGUGUUUUUGUAGGAACGGAAUUUGUGUCAAUUGAACUUUGAUAAGGGAGCAUGGGGUACAUUUUGGUCUUGUAUAUGCAUGUGGCCUAGGAUAACAGAGCUUCUGUAUAUUUUCAAA